CCAGGCACCUUUCCCCGGGACCCAAGAGGCAUCCUGCGAGCCCAGGAGGCAGUCAUGGCGGCCGGGGGUCCCGUCCAGGAGCUCUGCAAGGAGGCGUCUUGCUCCAUCUGCCUGGAUUUUUUCAGGGAUCCCGUCAUGAUCCCCGAGUGCGGCCACAGUUUCUGCCGAGCCUGCCUGACGUGGAGUUGGGGGGAGUCAGAGGGAGCAGAAACUUCCUGCCCCCAAUGCAGAGGGCCGGCCCAGGAAGGGAACCUCCGGCCCAACCAGCAGCUGGCCAACUUUGUGGAAAUCACCCAGAAACUCAAUCCUUUGGAAGGAAGGGGGCAGAAGCGAAGGAGGGGGAUCUGCGAGAAGCACCAGGAGCCCCAGAAAUUUAUCUGCCAGGAGGACGACGCCCCCCUCUGCCUGGUCUGCAGCAGAUCCCAGGAGCACAAAGAUCACACGGUGAUUCCUCUGGAGGAGGCUGUUGAGGAGAACCGGGCAACAAUGUCUGCAAGAAAAGAGAGGUUUUGCGAGAAGCACCAGGAGCCGCUGAAGCUCUUCUGCAAGGACGACAAAGCCCUCAUCUGUGUGGUCUGUGACCGAUCCAAGGAGCACAGAAAUCACGAGACCCUUCCCCUUGAGGAGGCCUCCCAAGAGUACAAGGAUCACUUCUGCAGUUGUCUGGAGGGACUGAAGAAGGAGAGAGAAAGAAUCGUGGCAUGUAAAGCAGACGUAGAGAAAGAAAGCCAAGACCUGCUCAAGCAAGCCACAGGAGAGAAGCAAGAGACAGUAGCCAAAUUCAAACAACUACACUCUUUUCUGGAGGAACAAGAGAAACUUUUGCUGGCUCAGAUAGAAGAGGUGGAGAAGGAGGUGGCAAGAAACAGGGACCAGCACCUGACUGAACUCUCUGAGGCCCUCUCCUCUCUUGAAAGCCUCAUUUGGGAGAUGGAGGAGAAAUGUCAGCAGCCGGCCAGUGAACUCUUGUGGGAUGCCAGAAGCACCUUGCAGAGGUGUGAAGAAAAGAAGGAAUUUGAGAAUCCAGUGGCUUUUCCUCUUGCACUGAAGUCGCACAUCUGGGACUUCUCGGAUUUGAACCUCUUUCUGGAGAGCAUUAAGAAGCAACACAAAGACAUUCUGGAUUCUGGACUUCAACUGCAAAAAGCAAAUGUGACUCUGGAUCCAGACACGGCCCAUCCCAUACUCAUCCUGUCUGAGGAUUGGAAAAGCAUGAGAGACGGAGGAAAAGCUCAAUCUCUGCCCAACAAUCCGGAGAGAUUCGACAGCUAUCCUGUUGUGCUGGGCUGUGAGGGAUUCACAGCAGGCCGCCAUUUCUGGGAAGUCGUUGUGGGAAGUGAGGGAGAGUGGAUGCUGGGGGUGGCCCGAAAGUCUGUGAAGAGGAAGGGGAAAUUUACUUUAAGCCCGGAGGAAGGGAUCUGGGCUGUGGGGAAAUGGGGAGGGCACUGUAGGGCUGCCAUAAAAGGCCAUAACCUUCCCCUGACCCUGCGUGGGGAGCUCAAGAGGAUCCGAGUCUGUCUGAAUUAUGAUGGGGGUCGGGUGGCCUUUUUUGACGCUGACCGAGCAGCCCUCAUGUACGAGUUCUCUGGAGCCUCCUUCUCUGGGGAGACCCUCGUGCCCUACUUUUGGGUGUACAAAAAAGGCCACCUCAAACUCUCUUCUUGAGACCGUCUCUUCACAUCAGCCGCAUCAAUAAGAAAUAUUGUUUCUUAAAAGUGCCCUUUUUUUAGUGCUGUAAAGGCUUCUCCAGACUCCCAGCCACCAAAACCGAUUGGAAGAAAACAGGAACAUUUUCCUCUCCAUUUCCCAACAUUCCCCCUUUCUUCUUUGCCUCCUAUUUCUGAAAGUAACAGUAACACAUUCUACCCAUUUAUAAAUGAUUUGUGAAGUCUCCUGGAACUUAGUGAAAUUUAUACCAUGUAUAAUAGUCUCAAGAAGAGACACUGAUAUAAAGUUGUUUUGCUCCUUUUUAAUUGUAUUAUCUGUGUUAAAACCAAAUUAUUGUUUGUAAUUUUUUGAAGAAAUAAAACAUAUU